ACACGUGUUUUUUAAACUUAAAUCAUUUCCAUUUUCAAAAUGCCUAAAAUAAAAAACUUAGAAAAACUAAAGCAUCCCAACAGCAGGAAAACAAUAUCACUCGCUAGGAAAAUGUUAAAAAGCGAGAAGAAAAACAAUAACAAAAUUGGUACUCAUGUGAAACAGAACCUAAUCGGUGAGAAGAUAUUGUGGUUCAAAGAGAGGAUACCGAAGGAUUGCAUUGUUUUAGAUAAGGAACAGACGUUAAAAUUGAUAGAAACAUAUUUGGCGCGUUUUGAUGACGAACUUGAGCAAAUAGCAUUGAAAAACUCAAUUGGACAAAGAAAAAAUCGUCAACACGCAAGUAGGGAAGAUAUAAUCAACAUAACUAAGAAAAGGGAGGUGGAGGAGUUCGAAACUUGCGGUUUAGAAAUGCCAGACUUGAUGGACCCGCACCAAAUGGAAGUGUUACGGGAUUGGAAUGGUGAAUUAAGAUUUUUGCAGCAUUUUAAAUUAAAAAGGAUAGCUAGAAAGCAUCUUACGUAGAAUAU